AUGGCUAUUGUCGUGACUCAGAGUUAUUUCCAUUUAUUGACUGCUGAAGAUGGAGAUGACUUUUCUUCAAAACUCAUCACUCACAUUCCUUCCAACAACACUCCAACUUCCUUGCCUGCAGAUGCCAAGAAGAAGAAGACCAACAAGAAGCAACUAGCCGCAAAGCCUAUUGUUGCUCCCUAUCAAGAGAAGACGAUGAAAGAGCCAGUCAGUGAUCGUGGAAGACCUAAGCAAAAACAGCACUUUGAAGUAGCCAUGCAAGAUAAUAAUCAACAGAAAGAAGAACAAGUUGUUGAAAGAAACUUGACUCUGAAAGAGUAUGAGGAGGAGCUUCUUGAAAAGAAACAAGCUCUGAAUACAGUUUGGAAAACAGAUGUUGAAAGGAAAGUCGGUCUCGAUAAGGAUUUCGAAUCAAUUAAGCUUAUGUAUAAGAAGAAAACUGAUGAUGAUUAUGUCCUGGAUAAGCCUAAGAAGAAAGAGAUGAGCCAACACAACAAAGCUAAAGUUGAUGAUAAGCAUAAGGUAGUAAUAGACAUGAAUGGUUUCUUAAAACCACAGAGAAGAAGAGAAAGCAGAAAACACCCUCUUGCUGCUGAUGGAGGCAUCGUCAAGGCUCAGACUGAGACGACAAUCAACAUUGCGGAUGCGGUUCAGUUUCCUGCCCUUGAGUGA